CUGCUCUGAGUUCAGUGUAGCGAGGAUAUUGUCCCUUGAAUUAACAAAAAUAGCUGUAGCGGCAACUUUACGUACUCAACUGUUCUUCCCAGGCCCAACCCGGGCCCCACAGGCCCACACCCUAGUCCCAGUUAAGUGACUGACUGCCAGCUGUAUUGGCACGGGAAGUCGGGCUGCUGGCAAAUGUGCCAGCCAGCGCCCGCCUGUACCUGUGGUUCUACCUUCUUCACAGCACAUGUCACGAUGAAGUACUCAAGAUUUUUAACUCAGGUGUCAAGGAACCGCCAGCCGUCUCUCAUAAGAGAAAUGACAAAUCUGUUGGUACAAGCUUCCCCUGAACUGGUGUUUAUGGCUGGAGGUCUUCCCAAUGCACAGAUGUUCCCCUUCCAAGCUGGCUCCAUCACCCUAAAGGAUGGCCGUGCCCUCACCAUCCAUCCAAAGCUGAUGAUGGACUGCCUUCAAUAUAGCCCAACUCCAGGUUAUCCACCACUGGUCAAGCAACUCAAGACCCUCACUCAACAGCUUCACUCGCCACCACGAUGGGCUGAAAUGGAUCUGAUUGUUACAGCUGGUAGCCAAGAUGGAUUGUGCAAAGCCUUGGAAAUGAUGAUAUCUCCAGCAGACUACAUUGUCACUCAGGAACCUUGUUACACUGGCACCCUAUCAAUACUGAACCCAUACAAGCCACAGUAUUUGCCAGUAUGUGGGGAUCAAAAUGGCAUGUGUCCUGAAGCCUUGAAAGCAGCACUUUCAAAAUGGAAGCCAGAGGAAGUGCAGGAUGCAGAGAAAGAUGUUCCCAAGGUGUUGUAUGUGAACCCUAAUGCCUGCAAUCCGACUGGUGUGUCUUUGCCAGCGGACAGGCGACAGGAAAUAUACAAAAUUGCAUCUGACUACAAUCUCAUUAUUUUAGAGGAUGAUCCAUACUACUUUGUACAGUUUGGUGAUAGGAAGAACUUUCCUCCGAGCUUCCUGAGUAUGGAUGUUGAUUGCCGGGUGAUCAGAUUUGAUUCAUUUUCCAAGAUCUUGAGCUCUGGCAUUCGUGUUGGUUACGUGACAGGACCCAAGCCACUUGUGGAAAGAAUUCUUCUGCAUGCUCAGGUGUCUCUUCUUCAUGCCCCUGCCAUGUCCCAGGUAUUGGUGAGUGAGCUGCUUGAACUGUGGGGUGAAGAAGGUUUCUUCAAACACACAGAGGCAGUACAGGCCUUCUACCUUGAGCAGAGGAAUGCUAUGAUGGAAGCUGCUGAAAAACAUCUCUCAGAUUUGUGUGAAUGGGCAGUCCCUACAGGAGGCAUGUUUCUGUGGCUUAAAGUGCCCAAGAUCCAUGACACAUGGGACAUGAUUCUGGAGCGUGCCCUUACCAAGAAUGUGAUUCUUGUUCCUGGCAAGGCAUUCAUGUGUGACUCAUCCAAACCCUCCCAGUACAUGAGGGCUGCUUUCUCUAUUGUGUCACCAGAGAAUAUGGAUAAGGGAUGCAGAAAUCUAGCUGAAUUGAUUCGUGAAGAAAUGGUUCUUCAAAAGACUGUUGGCAACUCUGAUUGAUCAUUGUGAGUUGUGUCCUGUGGUGUUGUAUUUAGAGAGCACUCUGGUAUUAGAUUGAUGCUGUAGUACUAUAUUUUGAUGUAUUAAAAAAUCAAGAUUCCAGGAAUAAACUAUUUUAACAAAUA